AUGAUAUCUGUCCGGUAUGACUAUGUGUUCCUUACUUUUUUUGUUCUUUUUCUCCACAUUUGCGCUCUUUACUUGUACGCGUCUGGAUUUUUAAUCACGUCAAUUCGUGUCCCAACACAAUCAAAGUGCUCUGAUGAGAUAAUGACCAACACACUCUACUCAUUAAAACACCCACCAGAAAAGUGUUGGACAACUCCAUUAUUUGAUAAGACAAUGGUGUACUUAGUCGACGCUCUCCGCUUCGAUUUUGCGUUUUCCGCCGACUAUCCACCUCUUUUUGAGAAGAUUAAUUCGACUAAAGACCUUAAGUUGUAUCACAAUAAUAUGCCCGUCUUCAACACUUUUUCUGAGAAAUACCCUGAAAAAACAGGGAGGUAUCACUUCAUCCCAGACCCACCAACUACAACAGCACAAAGAGUACUGGCUAUGACUACUGGGUCUGUGCCUGCAUUUAUCGAAGUUUCAAACACUUUUAAUAACGUCCAAGUUGACGAAGACUCGUUCAUAUCUCAAGCAAAGAACAACGGACUGAGAGUCGCAUUCUCCGGCGAUUCGUUGUGGACUGACAUGUUUCCAAAUAUGUUCGACGAAAUUGCCACGGGGCCGUCGCUCGAUAUCGCCGACUUGAAUAGUGUUGAUUUGAUAUGUAAAAAGGCACUAGAGAAACACCAAAAGGAUGAGGACUUUGAUUUGCUUAUAACCCACUUCUUGGGAGUCGACCAUAUCGGCCACUACUACCAACCAGACCACCAAGUCAUGCAGGACAAACUUAAAGAAAUCAACUCAGUCUUGGAGGAUUCGUUGACUAAGAUCUCAAACUCGAAAAGUAAAACCCUGGCUCUUAUAUUUGGAGACCACGGAGUGACUGAAGAAGGAAAUCAUGGAGGAGACACUGUCAGAGAGCUAGAUGCUGCACUUUAUUUAUAUGACAGUAGAACAAGAGAAGGCGGAAUUAAAGAGACAGGAAGUGUGAAUCAAGUAGAUAUUGUACCCACUAUUACACUUGGCCUUGGGCUGCCUAUACCAUUCAGUAACACGGGAACCCCUAUUAGAGACGUUUUUAUGGGGAGAGUGAAAACUUUAGAUGGUGUGCAGAUGUAUGUCAAUGCACUCAACUUGACGACAACACAGAUGAUGCAAUUCUUUUAUGCGAAUGCGAAGAAGAACAAGAGGGAUGUGGAGUGGAUAGACCGAGAAAAUGAAAAACACAAAGGUAUUCAACAGGAGGAACUGGAGCACUUUGAGGAAUUGGACACUCUUUUUGAGAUUAUGGAGAAACACGAAAGCUUUUCAAAAGAGCUUCACACGAUUUUUGUCAAGCAGAAUGCAACAUUCAAAUUCAAUUAUAUGAUGUGUGGUAUUAUCAUAAUGGUUUUGUCGAUGUUUGUGAUAUUACUCUAUGUUGUCGGAUACCCGCAGUUCUAUGUUGACAUCAAAAAGGUGUUCCACGGAGUCAUACUCGGUAUGGUGCCUGCAGUUUUCCUUAAGAGGAUAUAUCCCCUUGAGAUGGGUAAAAUUGAUCAGUACAUCUUCUUCAUGUCACUUGGUGCGGAGAUCACUUUUUUUUCAGCGUAUGCGAGACAAUUUAACAAGUAUGUAUUAACUGGCGUACAAUUAGUAGGCAGCAUUAAAGGCGAAUUUUUGGUUAGUGUAGUUGUGUUGAUAUUAUAUGGACUUGGGCAGUACACAGACUCGUUUAUUAAGGAGGAGAGUUACACCUCUUUCUUCUUUGGUGAAGUGCUUUCGAUGUUUCUACUGUAUCUGUCGAUAGCGAGAGGCAAAUUGAAUACCACACAAAUUGCAAUGCAAAUUGGAGUGUUGACUGUUAUACCAUUUAUAGAGAGCGUCCCUUCUAUUUUUGGACUCAUUGGUCUCCCCGUUGUGAUCUUCUUUGUGUCGUCUGAAAAGUACAUUUUAACAACUGCGUGUGUGUUGGCAAGUGUCUUCCAAAUACUGAGCCCGACCCCAACUUCUGUUUGUGGUAUAACACUUGCGAAUGCUAUUUACUUGAUGUCGAUUGUGUCGAUUGUAAAGAGUUUUAUCGAGAAGAAACAAGUGAGUGAAUAUAUUUAUGCAUGCAUUCCCAUUGCGGCGGUGUUAUUACCGAAUACUGGAGCAACGAGUUUGGCGAUUUAUGUUGUCCUGUUUUCGUUCAAUGUAUUUGACGAUGUUCACACCUCCGCACUUCAAUUGGUGUUUUUUGCAAUACACUUCUUUUUCACAACUACACACAACGUCCAAUUCAGCUCAAUUCAAUUCAACGCUGGAUUUGUGGGUGUUCCAUUCUAUUCAAUUCUUCUCAAUGGAAUUCUCAUCCUGUUCAACACUAUGUUCUUCCCUUGUUCUGUAGUAUUGGCUGUUGCUUACGUUUCAUUACAAAGGAAAAACGGAAUUGAAACUUAUAUGAAAAAUACACUGAUUGUUGUUGGGUUCUUUGCGUGGCAAAUGGUCUCGAUCAUGUUCUUCACAUACUUUGUGUCAGGUCACCUGGAGAUAUUUAGAGUGUUCACGCCUAAAGUCUGUUUUGAUGCCGUCUUUUUGGGAACAAUAGAUGUCAUCUUGGUAGUCACUGCUUUCCUUGUGAAAAGAAUUCAAUUGGUUAAAGAUGAGUAA